AUGAGUUUAGGAACCCCAGCAGUUGUAAUGGACAAUGGUACAGGGUUAACCAAGUUAGGGUUUGCCGGUAACGACGCUCCUUCAUUCAUUUUCCCAACAGCCAUUGCUACAUCAUCUGCCUCUUCCAAAGCCAACAAAACUACAAUCCGUUCGUCGAAUUUAUCCUCCAAAAGAGGGUUGGAGGAUUUGGAUUUUUACAUAGGUGACGAAGCACUUGAAGCUGCCAGUGGACCACAAUAUGGGUUGCAUUACCCUAUCCGACACGGUCAAAUUGAAGAUUGGGAUCAAAUGGAGAGGUUUUGGGAAAGUUCGAUUUUCAAGUAUUUGAGGUGUGAACCAGAGGAUCAUUACUUUUUAUUGACCGAACCUCCAUUGAACCCACCCGAAAAUAGAGAAAGCACUGCUGAAAUUAUGUUUGAAAGUUUCAAUUGCGCUGGAUUGUAUAUUGCUGUACAAGCAGUCCUAGCAUUAGCAGCUUCAUGGACAUCUCCUAAAGUGCAGGAUAGGUCAUUGAGUGGAACAGUUAUUGACUCUGGUGAUGGUGUCACCCAUGUUAUUCCAGUCGCAGAAGGUUACGUGAUAGGUGCCGCUAUUAAAAAUAUACCAUUAGCUGGUAGAGAUAUAACAUUGUUUAUUCAACAAUUGUUGAGAGAUAGAGGUGAAACAGACACCAGUUUGCAAACUGCCGAGAGAAUCAAGCAACAAUUUUGUUACGUUUGUCCUGACAUUGUUCAGGAAUUCACCAAGUUUGACCAAUAUCCACAGGAGAAAUUUGCCCAGUACAUUGUUGAAUACACUGACAGGAACAAAAAUAAAACGGUUGAUGUUGGGUAUGAAAGAUUCUUAGCACCAGAAAUUUUUUUUAACCCCGAGAUUUGCUCGUCUGACUUUCUCACUCCAUUGCCUAUUGUUGUCGAUCAGGUAAUACAAGCAUCACCAAUUGAUGUCAGAAAAAAGUUGUACAAGAACAUUGUCUUAUCUGGUGGAUCAACAAUGUUUAAAGAUUUCGGUAAAAGAUUACAAAGAGAUUUGAAAUCGAUAGUCAAGGAGAGGGUUGGUUUGAGUGAAAAGUUGAGUGGAGUUCAAAGCAGUGGGGUGGACGUGCAAGUUAUUUCUCAUAAGAAACAAAGAAAUGCAGUUUGGUUUGGAGGAAGCUUGUUAGCUCAAACUUCCGAAUUCAAAAGCUUUUGCUACACCAAGAGUGACUACGACGAAUAUGGACCAAGCAUUGUAAGAAAUUUCUCCUUGUUCUCUGUGCCUUAA